CUAUCACAAGCCACUUGCCCAGCUCCUUCCAUUCAUUCGGUGAUACUCGACUUCCGACGCGACUUUAUCGAUUCUUGACUCUCCUUGACCUCUUUUCAACCUAGUUGCUUUUCUCUCGAUACCGUCGCAAUGGCUCCUGCAAAGCCGUCAGGCAAGGAUCUCUACUCGGUGAUCCUGCCGACAUUCAACGAGCGUCAGAACCUCCCAAUUGUUACCUGGCUUCUCAACCGUACCUUUACCGAGAGCAACCUCGACUGGGAGCUCAUCAUCGUCGACGACGGCUCGCCCGAUGGAACCCAGACCGUGGCGGCGCAGCUCGUCAAGGCAUACGCACCGCACGUGAUCCUCAAGACGCGGACGGGCAAGCUGGGCUUGGGCACGGCGUACGUGCACGGCCUGCAGUUCGCGCGGGGCAAUUUCAUCAUCAUCAUGGACGCCGACUUCAGCCACCACCCAAAGUUCAUCCCGCGCAUGGUGGCGCGGCAGCGGGAAGGCGACUACGACAUCGUGACGGGGACGCGGUACGCCGGCGACGGCGGCGUCUACGGCUGGGACCUGCGGCGCAAGCUGACUAGCCGCGGCGCCAACAUCUUCGCCGACACGGUCCUCCGGCCGGGCGUCAGCGACCUGACGGGCAGCUUCCGGCUGUACAAGAGGGACGUGCUGCAGAAGCUGUUCGACAUCACCGACGUGCGCGGCUUCUCCAUGCAGAUGGCCCUCGCCGUCACGGCCAAGAGCAAGGGCUUCACCAUCGCCGAGGUGCCCAUUACCUUUGUCGAUCGGCUGUACGGAGAGAGCAAGCUUGGUGGGGAGGAGAUCGUCGAGUACGCGAAGGGGGUCAUUCAGCUUUGGCUCAAGGUGUAAAAUUAGGGGGGUUAUUCGUUGACAUGACGGGUCCGCAAGAGUUGAGGCGUUGCGUCCUAGAGUUGGGUUCCUCUUGCGAGACAUGUGCACAGCUUGUGUCUACCAAUCAUGCAUGGGAUUGUGAGGUUCUCGUCGCGCGGCGUUUAUGGGUAUUGGUUUGCCGCGCUCGCUAUAUAGAUAUAAAAACUAAUCUCACUCAAGUCACUUGUCCAAAA